CUCUAAGUCAUACAAGUCAAACACAAUGCCAAAUCUUAGGGGGCAAGGGAAAAUACGAGGAGACUUGGAAAGGCCCUAAAAUCUCAGGCAUUUGCUAUCUAGGAACAACUAUGGAUUCUCUUACAACAGUUGCAGUUAUCUUCUCCUAUGUAUUAUCCCUCUUAAGAAUCUCCGUGGCAGUAGACACCAUAAUUGUAAAUCAAAACAUUACAGAUGGUGAGACCAUCACUUCAGCUGGUGGGAGCUUUGAACUGGGUUUCUUCAGUCCAGGUAAUUCCAAGAACCGAUACUUGGGGAUAUGGUACAAGAAAGCGUCUAAAAAGCCUGUGGUAUGGGUUGCCAAUAGAGAAAGUCCAAUAACUGAUUCAUCAGGAGUUUUAAAGGUCACUCAGCCGGGAAUUCUUGUUCUCGUCAACGGUACUAACGGAAUUCUUUGGAAUUCUACUUCAUCACGUUCUGCACAGGAUCUGAACGCUCAGCUUUUGGAGUCUGGAAAUCUUGUUAUGAGAAAUGGCAAUGAUAGGGAUCCAGAAAACUUCCUAUGGCAGAGUUUUGAUUACCCAUGUGAUACUCUUCUACCAGGCAUGAAGCUUGGAAGGAACAGAGUAGCAGGCCUGGAUCGGUACCUGUCAUCGUGGAAGAGUGCAGACGACCCUUCUAAAGGUAAUUUUACUUAUUGGAUUGAUCCUAGUGGAUUUCCUCAACUACUUUUGAGGAAUGGUUUAGCUGUAGCAUUUCGCCCUGGACCAUGGAAUGGUAUUCGAUUCAGUGGAGUACCUCAAUUAACAAUUAACCCAGUUUAUAGUUAUGAAUAUAUUUCUAAUGAAAAGGAGAUAUAUUUUAUUUAUUAUCUUGUUAACAGCUCUGUUAUUAUGAGGCUUGUGUUAACUCCUGAUGGUAAAGCUCAGCGGUCCACAUGGACUGAUCAAAAAAAUGAAUGGACUCUUUACUCAACUGCACAGAGGGAUCAGUGCGACAAUUAUGCAAUAUGUGGAGUAAAUGGAAUCUGUAAGAUUGACCAAUCUCCGAACUGUGAGUGUAUGAAAGGAUUUAGGCCAAAGUUCCAAAGCAACUGGGACAUGGCAUAUUGGUCAGAUGGAUGCGUUCGAAGUACUCCACUGGAUUGUCAGAAGGGUGAUGGAUUUGUAAAGUACUCUGGUGUGAAACUGCCAGACACGCGGAGCUCCUGGUUUAAUGAAAGCAUGAACCUUAAGGAAUGUGCUUCCCUGUGCUUGAGCAACUGCUCUUGCACUGCUUAUGCAAAUUCAGAUAUCAGAGGAGGAGGAAGUGGAUGCUUGCUCUGGUUUGGUGACUUGAUUGACAUCAGAGACUUCACUCAAAAUGGGCAAGAGUUUUAUGUAAGGAUGGCUGCAGCAGACUUACGAAUAGUUCUUUUAAGUCUAGUCCUGACCUUGUAUGUAUUGCUCAAGAAGAGGAAGAAACAGCUAAAGAGAAAAAGGGACAAAAUUGAGGGUCUACACUUGGAUAGAUUAUUGAAAGCCACCAAUAACUUUUCUAGUGACAAUAAGCUUGGAGAGGGUGGUUUUGGACCUGUCUAUAAGGGAAUAUUGCAAGAGGGACAAGAAAUAGCAGUGAAGAUGAUGUCAAAAACUUCUAGACAAGGAUUAAAAGAGUUCAAAAAUGAAGUUAAAUCCAUUGCAAAACUUCAACACCAAAAUCUUGUAAAGCUUAUUGGAUGUUGCAUUCAUGGUAGAGAAAGAUUAUUGAUCUAUGAACACAUGCCUGACAAAAGCUUGGACUUUUUUAUUUUUGAUCAAAUGAGAAGCAAGGUGCUAGAUUGGCCUAAGUGCUUCCUCAUUAUCAAUGGGAUUGCUCGAGGCCUUCUUUAUCUUCAUCAGGAUUCCAGACUCAGGAUAAUUCAUAGAGAUCUUAAAUCAGAAAACAUUUUACUAGAUAAUGAUAUGAUACCCAAAAUUUCAAACUUUGGAAUAACAGGAAGUUUUGGAGGAAAUGAAAUUGAAACAAACACAACAAGAGUGGCUAGAACAUUAGGUUAUAUGUCUCCAGAGUAUGCAAGUGAAGGAUUGUAUUCCACAAAAUCCGAUGUUUUUAGCUUUGGUGUUUUGGUUCUAGAGAUUGUAAGUGGGAAGAGAAACACAGUAUUUAACCACCCGUAUCAUGACCUUAGUCUUCUUAGGCAUGCAUGGACAUUCUUUAUGGAAGAUAGGUCUUCAAAAUUUAUUGAUGCAUCAAUGGGGAACACCUACAAUCUAUUUGAAGUGCUACGCUCAAUCAAUUUGGGUCUAUUAUGUGUGCAAUGUUUCCCAGAGGAUCGACCAAGCAUGCAUUCUGUGGUUCUGAUGUUGGGUAGUGAGGGUGCACUACCUCAGCCCAAAGAGCCUUAUUUCUUCACCGAUAUGAAUAUGAUGGAAGGAAAUUCGUCCUCUGGUACUCAAUCCACAAUCACACUGUUGGAAGCUUGAUAGAAGUUGCUUCCUGUUGAUGUUUUGUUGUCUUUAGACCUACGACUUCAACUACUUUAGGCAACUUUUCUCAGCCACACUGCUUUGCUUCCAACAAAAGACUCAUCUAAGAUGUUGUUAGGUGAUUAGUCUUUGCUGCUAUUUUUUGUAUGGAUGGUGAUACUUAUUGAUAGUAUAUAAGUUCAAUAAUAGAAGUUGACCAUAUAAUGGAAAA